AUGGGCUGGAUGAGUAAUGAAAUGGAGGCCUUUUGGUGGAGUGGGAAAGUAGUGCAUCUGACUGUUACCAUGGUGAACAGAAGAGACAUCCUUGGUUUGCUACUUGACUUAGACAAACAGGAGAUUAUCUUCUCCUUAAAUGGUAACUGUCUACCUGCUUAUAACCAGGUAUUUGCACACGCCAGGUCAGGAUUUUUUGCUGCAGCAAGUUUUAUGUCCUUUCAACAGUGUGAAUUCAAUUUUGGGAUGAAACCUUUCCAGUACCCUCCUAAAAUUGCAUUUAAAAAAUUCAAUGACUAUGGCAGUCUUACAGAUGAAGAAAAACUCAUUUUACCAAGGCACAUGAGGCUUGCCUUGCUGCGUCAGGUGACGGUGAAGGAAGACUCGUGUACGAUAUGUUUUGACAAGCAGGACACGGUAAUGUUGCUGCCAUGUGACCACACAGGCUUCUGCAUGGACUGUGCUAUGCAACUGGAAGUGUGCCCUCUGUGCCGGACUAACAUAGAACAAAGGAAACAAGUGGUGGUGAGGACAAACUCUGUGAAAAUUCUGAACAAAGAUGACGGAGUGCAUGGGACAGAAAGCGAGGAAACAAAACCGGGAAUGAAAAGUGCAAAAACUGAAGAUGAGAAAAUACAGAUUUGUAUGACAGAUGUGGAGAGUAGCACUGAUGCACAUUCUGCCCUGGAAGCUACGAGUACACACACGGAAAGCAGCUGAUGAUAUAGAAUUCACUUGACUCAGUAUUGAGUUGGGCAUAUCUAGAAAUAAAUUGUAUAUUCAAGGAUUAAUUGUGUCGAUGCAUUUUAAGAUUCUAAGGGCCUAUUCAGGACAGUGGAUUUACUAUUCUGAGGGUCAAAUACGUCCGACCCACUAGAAUACGUCCCACGGGGAAUCUAUUCAGUGUCUAUUAGCAGUUUGGCAGCAAGCCUUUUAGUGGGUCGCCACAUGUAACUGUUAUGAAUGGGGCCUAUAUAAGAGUCAAGUGUCAGUUUUGGUUCAGUUGACUCAAGACCCCCCUGUGAAUUUUGAAAAGUGAAUGCAAUUCAGUAAUUUUUAUUAUGUCAGGUUGUUUUUAAGUAUGAUGGUUAAUGCUGUUUCAAU